UUCAGUUGUUUUUUUCCCGUCAAACUUACGCUACUGCUACAACUCUGCUGCCUCUCAGUUCAUUCGUUUGUUCGUUCGUUCGCUUGCUUUCUAUUUGAUUUCGUUUUUUGUGUUAUUAACAAUUUGCUGUGGUGUGUGUGUACGUGCUCAUUUCGAAAAAUAUUCUAAGUAAUGAAAAUGCUCGACGACGACUACAAGAACUGCAUAUCCAAAGGGAAAGAACAUCGUUGCUGCACCAACGGCAUCAACAACAAACUCGACAACAACAAAAUCUAUCAAAUUUGAAAAAAAAAACAACAAAAUAUAAGAGGCUGCAAACGAGUUUUGUUUGCGUUUCGUUUGCAAAGCGCGCGCAUAAUCCAAGUUUCCAAUCAAGGUGAAACUGCAACUAGCAUUGAGUGCUUAUUUUCCAUCAUUUUGCUGUAAUUAAGUAUCAGAAAAUAUACAAGUCGACGGAGAUCAAACUGUAACAGACGGUAUAAAGAAGAAAAAACUAUAUUGGCGGUGAUUGCCACAAUACAAAAAUUCAAAAUACCAGCGAUAGGAAGGAGAGAGAGAAAAAAAAAACAAAAAAGUAAGAAGCAGUCAGAGGCAGAAGCUGCUUACAAACACACACACACACACAUACACCGACCAACAAAAAUACUACAGAAACACACACACACAAACGCACGCCCUGCGUAGACAAACAAAGGGCGAGACAGCAGUGCAACCGCUCACACACAUUGUGCUAGCGACCUAUGUGAGAGCGAGACAACGCGCAGGUUGCAGCCAAUAUUGGAGUGCGAGUGCCAAAUGUCACAAGAAAUUACAACACUGCUGUGAAAGACAAAUGCAACAACAAUAACAAAAACAACGGUCGACCAGAAGAAGAAGACGAAGCAGCAAUAUAAACAAAACCAAAACAAGUACAAAGCGGGCGCCGGUUACAACCUUACCCCCCACAGCCACGCUAUUCAUCUCUAAAUGCAAAAAUGUUACCCAGUAUGCAGACCACAACAAACAGCAGCAGCAGCAACAACAACAACAGAUGUCUUGUGGAAACUGAACGCGAUGUAGCGCAUGUGGAAUACGAUGUGAUCAAUUAUUACACAGACGAUGCCAGUUCCAAUCCGGAUGCUGGUGGCGUCGGCGUCGAGUCCACAGCGCCACAACAGCGUUGCUCCCGGGUGAACAACAACACCACCAACAACAACAACACACUGCUUGAUGUUGUUGUUCACUCGCGAGCAACGCGCAGCGAUCCAAUGGAGGAGGAUGCUCCAUCCUCGCCAUCACCAUCGCCUUCGCCUACCUCCAGCAACAGCAGUGGCAGCAACAGCAACAGCAGCAGCAAUUCUUCCACAACGCGCUGCAAGGGAGGCGGCAACAGCGGCAGUAAACGCAGCAAGGAGACAGCUGCUGCAGUGCCAACGACUCCCACAUUGGGAGUCAAUAUGCGAGUAACGGGACAAUGUAGUCAGGGUGGUCGCAAAUAUAUGGAGGAUCAAUUUUCGGUGGCGUAUCAAGAGUCGCCGCUAACCCAUGAAUUGGAAUACGCAUUUUUUGGCAUCUAUGACGGACAUGGCGGCACCGAGGCGGCACUUUUUGCCAAGGAGCAUCUCAUGUUGGAGAUUGUGAAACAAAAACAAUUCUGGUCCGAUAACGAUGAGGAUGUGUUGCGCGCCAUACGCGAAGGCUACAUUGGCACUCAUUUUGCCAUGUGGCGGGAGCAAGAAAAAUGGCCGCGCACUGCAAACGGACAUUUAAGCACCGCUGGGACCACAGCAACGGUUGCGUUUAUGAGACGCGAAAAGAUUUACAUUGGUCAUGUGGGCGACUCAGGCAUUGUGCUCGGCUAUCAGAAUCCCAACGAGCGUCGCUGGCGCGCAAAGCAAUUGACGACAGAUCACAAGCCCGAAUCGAUGGCGGAAAAGUCACGAAUCCAACGUUCCGGCGGUCAGGUGGCCAUCAAAUCGGGUGUGCCACGCGUCGUGUGGAAUCGUCCCCGCGAUCCAAUGCAUCGUGGUCCCAUUCGCCAGCGAACUGUCGUCGAUGAUAUUCCCUUUUUGGCUGUUGCCCGUUCACUGGGGGAUCUCUGGAGUUAUAAUUCUCGGUGCAACGAGUUUGUCGUUAGUCCUGAUCCCGAUGUUAAGGUGGUCAAAAUUAAUCCCAAUACAUUCAGAUGCCUCAUAUUCGGCACAGAUGGACUAUGGAAUGUGAUAACAGCACAGGAGGCGGUGGAUUCGGUGCGCGAGAAGCACAUUAUCGGUGAGAGCAUGCAGGAGCAGGACGUGAUGAAUCCCAGCAAGGCCCUUGUGGACAAAGCCCUCAAAACGUGGGCAAGCAAAAAGAUGCGUGCCGACAACACGUCCGUGGUAACUGUGAUACUAACACCAGCAGCCGAGUCCACGGCAACGACGCCAACAACAGAGGAAGAAGAAGACGGAGAAGAGGCUGACGUAGAUGUGUUGGGUAUAGAGCCAAUGGAUACGGAGAACAAGUAUCCGAGCAGUGCUGCUGAAUUGGAACACGAGUUGGAUUUGUGCGCCAACAUUGAGGAGAAGGAAUAUCUGCACGAGACGCCGUACAGUGCCUUGGCCAAGCGACAUUUGCCGCCGGAGCCGUAUCGCAACUUUGACUAUUACAUCGAGGACGAGUACGAGACCGAACAGGAGCAGGAACAGGAACAAGAACACGAGCACGACCAGGAUGUGGACGAUGAGAUGGAACACGUGAUGGAGCACAGUAAAUUCUGGCGCAAAUCGAUGACCACCUGGCAGCAGCAAGCAACAACAUCAACGCCAAUGCCAAUGCCAAUGCCAGCGACAUUGCGGCAUCGUCAGCAGAUGAUGGAAACGGAGCACGAAGUGACCGAGUCAUCGAUCUAUGCCAACGAAUUGGAGCACAGCUAUGAGAGUUAUGUGAGCAGUGCUGGAGUUGUGGCCACAACGGAAUAUAGCUUUGCCGAAUCGUACAAUUCGCUGCUCAAUGAACAGCAGGCGGCGCGUUCACAUCAGCAGCAACAGCAGCAGCAGCAGCAAUCGCAACAGCUGCAGCAACAGCAGCAGCAUCAGACAGACCAGCAGCAGCAACCAUCGCAGCAGCAGCAACAGCAGCUGCACAACAGCAGCAGCAGCAUGCAGGAAAUACUGCAGGAGCAGCAACGCUAUCAGCAACAAGAAGGCUACUCGCUCACACAGCUCGAGACGCGACACGAACAACAGCAACAACAGCAGCAGCAACAACAACAACAGCAGCAACAGGUUGCCAAUAGCAGCAGCAGCAGAUGGCAGCAGCAGACAACAACGUAUGUGGAGCAACCGGCCGAGUUGUUGGCGUUGAAUGCCUUGUUGCAGCAGGAGCGCGAUGAGGAGCAACAGUUGGCGUUGGAGCGCGAACAACAACAGCAACGCGAGCAGCAACUGUUGCUGGUUGAAGCCAGCUCGAGUUCGAGCUCAUCGCAGCCAGAGUUUGUGUAUGCGCCACCUUGGAGCGACAAUGUGGCAACGUUGCAGGAUAACGAAGUGAGCUCUACACUGCCUGCCACGCCCACGCCCACGCCCCUGGCGAGCAGCAGCAACGAAAUGGAGCAAGAGCCGGAGUCGGAUGAAAACAAAACGCAGCCAAGCAACGCUGUGGAGCAGCAGCAACCACAGCAACUGUUGCAAGCGCCACAGCAGCAGCAGCAGCAACAGUUGCCAUUGCCGUUGCAACAGCAGCAGCAACAACAGUUGCACAGCGAACCAAAGCUGAGGCGGCAAAUGCGUCGCUAUCGCAAUGUGCCCAAUGAGAAUCAUCAGCACAUGCAAACGCGACGUCGGCAAUUGUUUAAGCACAGCAGCAGCAAAAGCAAAUCGUUUAUUAGCGCCGCGGCAGCUGCAAUUAUUGCCUACAACAACAACAACAACAACAACAGCAGCAGCAACAACACUGAAACAUCGCCGCAUUGCAGCAGCAGCAGUCACAACAACAAUAAUAACAACAGCAGCAGCAGCAGCAACAUCAACAGCAACAACAACGCUGGCAACAACACCAACACAGCCAAUGGCAGCAGCAGCAGCAGCAACAGUCGCCGACGCAGCGUUGUGAGCAGCGGCAGCAGCAGCGGCGGCGGCGGCAGCGGCGUUAUGAUGACGCGUCGCAGUCACAGCGUCGGUUUGGCCAACGGCGGCGUCGGCAGCGUUAACAAGCGUCAGCUGCGCAGCAGCAUCUGUCAGUUGGCGCAGCUGGGCAACUUGGAUUUGACCAAACGAACGCUGCGCACGCGCAAUGCGACCUCAGUUGCCAACAACAACGUCGCCGCCAGCCCCAGCAGCAGUAGCAGCAACAGCAACAACAACAAGAAGAACGAUAGCCCCAGCAACAACAACAACAACAAUGGUAAAGUCAAUGGCAAAGCUAGUCACACUUUUAACAAGCCGGCAACGCCAACAACAACAUCGACGACGUCGGCGCAGGCAGCAAGCGCGCGUCGACUGCGACGCAGCAACGAAGAGCGCGAGCAGCGACGCAGCUUGCGACGCAGCACAUUGAGUGCCGGCAACAGCGAUAGCGGCAGCAGCGUCGGCAGCAGCAGCGGCAGCGGCAUCAGUCAGUUCAGCAAACCGACGCGUCUGCAAUCGUGCAGCGGCGGCAUUGCAGCUCGACCGCCGCCGUCGCCAAAGAAAUUGAAUGCCGUUAUACCGACCCUGGCGAUUGGAACGCGCGCCUACACGGCAGCGAUGGCAGCAGCAUCCGAUUUGACCAAGCGUUGGUCGCUGCGCAGCAGCAGCAGCAACACCAGCACCACCAACAACAACAGCAGCAGUGAAAUGGCAUCGCUUGUCACAGCCAUCAGCUGUUAUAGUGCUCGCAGUCGAACAGCAGCAGCGGCAGCAGCUGCGCAGCCGCGCCGACGCUGAGAGCAGCGAGAGCGAAAAGAGAGCGCCAACCAAGAUACGAGGGCUGGAGAGUUGUCGUUUUUUUUUUUUUGGGGGCGAUUCAAAAUUUCAAGUACAAAUUGCUAAACAAAAACAAAAAGAAGAAAUCAAAUAGUUUAAAUGAAAGUGCGAAGUGAGAACAAAACAAUGAUUGGUUCAAACUAUUGUUAUUGUUUUUGUAACAAACAACAAAAAAAAAAAAAAACAAAAAAGCCAAAAUUUGUAA